ACAAUGAGUUCAAGAAGCCGAGCUUGGACGUGGAGUGUGGCAACAAGUGUUGGAGUUGUGGAGGCUUUGAAAGAUCAAGGAAUAUGCAGAUGGAACAGUGUUAUAAGAUCAGCACAACAACAUGCUAAACAUAAUAUCAGGUCUUUGUCUCAUGCCAACAACAAAGUUUCUUCAACCAAAUUGAGGGAUGACAAAUCCAAACAGUCGGAGGAAUCUUUGAGAACGGUCAUGUUCUUGAGUUGCUGGGGUCCCAACUAA